AUUGGUAUUCGGAGUAUGUUCACUUUGGUUAUCGUGCAUUUAUGACACCCUCUGUUUGGUUACACACGUUGGGUGCAUUGGUUCGGUUUGUUUAAAAUGAGUUCCCUGAAGUUACAAAAAAGGCUUGCUGCCUCUGUUAUGAGAUGCGGCAAAAAGAAGGUUUGGCUGGAUCCUAAUGAAGUUACUGAGAUCUCUAACACUAAUUCAAGGCAAAAUAUAAGAAAGCUUAUUAAGGAUGGUCUUAUUAUAAAGAAGCCAGUAGCCGUGCACUCCCGCGCCAGGGCUCGUCUCAAUAACCUGGCAAGACGUAAGGGAAGGCAUUGUGGUUAUGGUAAGAGGAAGGGUACAGCAAAUGCACGUAUGCCUCAAAAGGAGUUAUGGGUACAACGUAUGAGAGUUUUGAGACGCCUGCUGAAAAGGUAUCGCGUUGCCAAAAAGAUUGACCGUCAUAUGUACCAUGCUUUGUACAUGAAGGCUAAGGGUAACGUCUUCAAGAACAAGAGAGUCUUAAUGGAAUACAUCCACAAGAAGAAAGCGGAGAAGGCUCGCACCAAGAUGCUGAAGGACCAGGCCGAUGCCAGAAGGCUAAAGGUCAAGGAAGCUAAAGAGCGUCGAUUGGACAGAAUCGCUGCUAAGAGGAAAGAGAUCUUGCUUAACUAUCAGCGCGAAGAUGAGGCGAACGCCCAGAAAUAAGAAGCAUCUAAUUAAUAAGUUAUAACGUGCAGAUGAUAAUUAAUACAAAUAUUUACG